AUGAUUAAGGGGCUUACGGUAGUGGUGGAAAAGCUUUCAGUUAAGGACAAAACUUCUGAUGACAAUUCUAUGGUCAAUGAAGGAAAAAUAGGGGACGAUGAGGGCGUGAUAGGGCAAUCUGGGUUCUCCUCCACAUCGAGAAAAUUGGAUAUUUCAGUAUUUGCUGGAGAAAAGGCUUAUGGGUGGAUUAAUAGGCUAGAAAGGUAUUUAAAAUUAAAAGAAGUCAGUGAUGAGAAAAAAAUGAGGGUUGUUAUGAUUGCUUUAGAAGGAAAAGCAUUGAAUUGGUUCCAAUGGUGGGAAACAUGCAACCCUAAUCCAAAGUGGGAUGCAUUCAAGGUAGCUGUGAUGCGUAGAUUCCAACCGAUUUUGUUAAAAAACCCUUUUGAAAUUCUGAUUGGGUUAAGACAAACAGGAUGUGUGGAGGAUUACAUUGAGAAAUUCGAACAGUAUGCCAGUUUCAUGAAGGGAAUUAACCAAGAUUACUUGGUCGGUAUUUUCUUGAAUGGAUUAAAGGAAGAGGUCAAGGCAGAGGUAAAACUGUAUGAACCUGCAAAUCUGGCUGAGUUAAUGAUGAAGGCCCAAAUGGUGGAAGAAAAGAUAAGGGUGACAACAAAACCAAUACCACCAGUGGUUAACAAAACCAACAACACUUACAAACCUUUUUCGGUAACCAAAAGUUAUUCCAAUGAAGGAGGAAAUUUAGUAGUUCUGGAUGGCUCCAAUAAAGGAAGAGGGGAGGGUAGUGAAGUUGCGAGUACAAGUAGCAGUACCUCGGGAAUGCAGCGGCCAAGAGGGACUCCUUUUCGAAAAUUAACACAAGAAGAGUUGCAAGAUAAAAUCAAAAGAGGGUUAUGUUUUCGUUGCGAUGAAAAACUCGGCCCUAACCAUAUGUACAAAAAUAAACAACUACACAUGUUGCUUAUGUCGGAAGAGGAAUUAUCAGGAUUGGACGACUUGCCAGACAAGAAUUCCAAUCAGGAACAAGAAUUGGAGGAAGAAGGACAAACCUUGCAAUUAUCAAUAUGUACCAUGGCUGGCCUUACUACUAAGAAACUACAACAGGAGCAAACUCGGCCUUACGUGGUCGAGGUGGGAGAUGGGCACAAGGUACAAUGCCAAAGGAAGUGUAAAGGGUUCAUUUUGGAUUUACAGGGCCUGAAAAUUCAACAAGAUUUUUUUGUUUUUGUAGUAGGUGGUGCUGAUAUGGUUUUAGGGUUGGAAUGGUUAGCAUCUCUUGGCGAGGUGAGAGCCGAUUUUAGGAAUUUGAGGUUGACAAUUCGUAAGGGUGAGACGGAGAAAAUUUUGGACCAAGAGGCAUCAGGCAUCAAGGUUCCUACAGAAAUAAUGGAAAUAUUAAAAGGGAAUGAAGAAGUUUUCCAUGAUCUAGUUGGCCUACCUCCUAGCCGCACCUAUGAUCAUGCCAUCCAUAUUCAAGAAGGUGGUUAUAUUCCUAACCUCAAGCCCUACAAGUACUUGCACCACCAAAAGAAUGAGAUCGAGAGACUGAUGCAAGAGAUGGUGCAAGCUUGGAUCAUCAGGUCCAGUAUCAGUCCUUAUUCAAGCCCAAUCAUAUUGGUAAAAAAGAAAGUGGAGGGUGGAGGUAACAUUGAGAAGAUGGCCUUUCGCACUCAUGACGACCAUUACAAGUUUCUAGUCAUGCCCUUUGGGCUAACUAAUGCUCCAGCCACCUUUCAGUCUUUGAUGAACCAUAUCCUUAAACCAUUUUUAAGGAAGUUUAUGCUCGUCUUCUUUAAUGACAUUUUAAUAUACAACCCUACUAUGGACAAGCAUGUGGAACAUUUACAGGAAGUCCUACAAGUAUUGCAGCAACAUAAAUUGAAACUCAACCAAAAGAAGUGCAGUUUUGGACAGUUGAGUUUGGAAUAUCUAGGCCAUAUAAUUUCCAAGGAAGGUGUGGCUGCAUAUCCAAAGAAGGUUGAAGCUAUAUGGAAUUGGCCUGUUCCUAAGGAUGCUAAGGCUUUUAGAGGAUUUUUGGGGCUAACCGGCUAUUAUAGAAGAUUUGUGCAAGGGUAUGGUAAGAUUGCCAAACCUCUUACGCAAUUAUUGACUAAGGAGGGAUUUCUAUGGUUUGUAACAACUCAACAGGCGUUUAACAAUCUUAAAGGUGCGGUUUCCCAAUUGCCCGUAUUGGCAGUACCAAAUUUUACUAAAUCCUUCACCUUGGAGACAGAUGCCUCUAGCAAAGAAACAUUAGCACUUGCUGGACUUUUACAGCCAUUACCAAUUCCCACCCAAGUUUGGUCUGACAUCUCUAUGGACUUUAUUGGAAGGUUACCCAAAGUACAGCGAAAAGACACUAUUCUGGUGGUGGUGGACAGAUUCACCAAAUAUGCUCAUUUCUUUGCCCUGGCUCACCCUUUCACAACAAUUGAGGUAGCUCAAUUAUUCAUUAACGAAGUUGUCAAACUACAUGGAUUUCCUUCCACCAUAGUUUCUGAUCGGGACAAAUUAUUCUUAAGUUCUCAAUCACGGAAGUGGCGACAAUGA